CACAAACAACGUAGCCACAGCCCACCACAGCGACAGCACUCGUCUUGACUUUCAUCCACCACCUCUCUCUUCCUGCUGGCGAUGAGAACGACCGCGUGAACUCAUGGUGGACACUACGCGGGUGAUAGAGAUCUUCUCCUCGCCCGAACUCUCUCCGAUUCGGCAGCCUCGUCGCACAGCGACUCGGAGCGGCAGCAAGAAAAGCGCGGCUGUCGACGACGAUGUCAUCGACUUGAACGAUUCCGAGGGACUCGACUUCCGAUUCUCGUUUAGAGUGCCCUUUGUGAAGUCGCAACAGAAGCUUCCUGAAUCGCCCGUGGCAGGCCCGUCUCGCGCAGCUCGCGCAGGACCCGCGCAUGAACCCGCGAAUAACUAUAAUCCUCUGCCCGAGUCGGACGAUGACCGCGAGGGUGAACCAUCUAUCAAGAUUCGAGGGAAGCAGCGCGCGAAGCCCGCGCCAGCAGUAGCGCCACCGGCGGCGGCACAUCGCUAUCGAUACCCUUCUGCGCCUGCCAAACCCUCAGAGCCAGCCACAGAGGAAGAGGCUCGGCGCCCCUCCCUCGACGAGUAUAUCGCGCAAGUGCUCGAGAUCAUCCCCGACGUCGAGCCGGAAUAUGCGCGCAAACUCGUAGAGCGGCAUCACUCGACAUACAAGGGCCAGAUCGUCGGGCAGGUCAUCCAUAUGCUUUUCGAGAACCCGGACUACCCCAAGGUUGAUCCUAAGGGGAAGGCGAAGCGGAAGCGAGAAGAGGAGCCGGCGCAGCCUGUGGAGGCGAAGAAUGCGAAACAGAAGGUGGACUAUGGGAAUAAGGAUAGGCAGGUGAACGUUGGAUUAGGAUACCCGAUGCAGGCGCUCGAUCAAUUGAAGCUGGACUUUCCGCUCAUCCCUACUAACUAUAUUCGGCACCAGCUCGCGCUGAACAACGUCCUCUAUGCGCCGACAUAUCUGGUCCUACACGAGCAGUCGAAGCUUGAGAACCUGCCUUACAAGCAAAAGGCCACUGCGACGCGUCGUGGACGCAAGGGCAAGGCCGUCGUGCGUCUCGAUGAAGAGCUUGAGAAGGAGAUUGAGUGGGUAAAGCUCAAGCUUCAGAGCGGGUUAGAGGAUGAUGCCCAGGCGGCCGAGGAGCCCGAGGACGGCAUCGAGUGUGCAUGCUGUUUCUCUGUAUAUCCGUUUGAGAAAAUGAUCCAAUGCCCCGAAGCGCACCUCUUCUGCAUGGACUGCAUGACAUCCUACGCAUCGACGAAGCUCGGCACUCACGACGCAAACAUUGUGUGUAUUGAUCAAACCGGUUGCAAGCUCGCGUUCCCAGAGUCUGAGCUGCGCCGGUUCCUCAGCCCUAAGCUGCUCUCACUGUACGAACGCGUUAAGCAGCAAAAAGAGAUCGAGGCAGCUGGGCUGGAGAAUUUGGAGGAAUGUCCGCACUGCGAGUAUAAAUGUGUCAUAGAGAACGAGCAGGAGAAGCUCUUCCGGUGCCAGAAUGAAGAUUGCAUGGCUAUCACUUGUCGUCAGUGCAAGAAACCCGAUCAUCUCCCGAAGAGUUGCAAGGAGAUGGAUGAAGAUAAGAAGCUCGACGCACGACAUACCGUUGAAGAAGCAAUGACUCGCGCACUAAUGCGCAACUGUCCCAAGUGCAGCAAAGCAUUUGUGAAGGAGAUGGGGUGCAACAAGAUGACUUGCCCUCAUUGCCAUACACUUUCUUGUUAUGUAUGUCGGAAAAUUGUCACAGGCUAUGACCAUUUCAAUAACCCACCUCCUUACACAAACCGUCCAGAUCCGAAGAAGUGUCCACUCUGGGAUUCAGUCGAACAGCGACACAGCCAAGAGGUCGCAGCUGCAGGCAAGAAAGCUAUGGAGGAGCUCAAGCGCGCCCACCCCGAGCUCUCGGAGAAAGAUCUUCACGUUGACCUCCCACCUCCUCCCCCUCCCGAUGCUGGCCCGUCCAAUGCUCAGGCCGGGCCCGUGCCGCGCGUGCCCGGCAUUAUUAUGGGUAUACCCGUCGCGCGGGGAAUCCAGGCGGCUGGUGAGGCAAUGCGAGCGCGGAUAGAGGCACUGGGCCGACUUCAGGCCAACAUGAACGGGUAUCAGGUGUAUCCUGCCGCUCCCCGGGUGCAGCUGCAGCCCCCUCCUGUAGUCAUUCCCCCUCCCGCCCAUGGACCUCUUCCACCUGCUCACCUCGCAGCGGGUCAUGUUCAUGUGCAAGUGGGAAUGCCUUUUGGUAUCCCCGCGCCUGCUGUUGCGCCUGUGCAAGUCCAAGCACCUGCUGCUGCUCAUGUACGUGCCCAUGCACACCGCGCAGCUCGCAUCCAGCUGGCUCGCCCUCAAGCUGCUCACGCCGUUCGUGCUGCUAGUGCUCCUGCUCGUGCGCGAGAGCCGAGAGCGAGGGCUGCAAAGGCUCCGAAGAGACAUUGAUUCCUAUGGAAAUGCCGGUGCUGUGCUGUACCGUGUGUAAUGUGCUGUCUCCGCAAUCUUAUAUGUGUGUAUCCUAGCUUGUGCUAUUACAAUGAUCUUAUCACGGUUGAGAAUCCGAUUGGCAGCAGAUAUGAUGCCAAGUCGUGCUGGGACUAUGUGUGCUGGGACUAUACGUGAACUGCGCGGCGGUUGAACGUAUCGCGAGAUGUACCAUUACGCCUAUGGCGUUUUAGUUAUCUCCCUCCACCCCCUCCAGGACGUUCCACGUAAACGAGCGGCGUUAAUAUUGCGUAUUUCGGUCGGAGAGAGUUGUAGGAUGACCUGUACACGUACAUAGUAUUAAAUGAUGACCGAGUACGCCCUGUCGGACACUUACA